AGGUGGAGAGCUGUCGAUUACAGCGGCGAACAUUGCAGCGAGUCUCCUUCAAUUCUGAUCACAUCGGCGCCAGAGGGCUGCUACGCCUACGUAGGCAUGGUCGAAAGCCUCCCAUCCCAGAUUCUGAACCCCAGUUGCCCAUGGCACCUUUUCUCCUUUUGCCUGGGAUGAGUUUCCCUUUAGACAUCCACCGGAAAAAAAAGGCCUUUGUUUUUCACCCGGCUUCUGGAACCCAUGUGUCUGUGUGUUGGCACGGUCAUUCAUGAACUUGGGCAUGCACUUGGCAUGAAUCACGAGCAGUCGCGCCCGGACCGCGACCAGUAUGUCACUGUCCACUGGAACAACGUCCGGCCUGGAAAGGAACCCAGGUUACCCAGUGGCAGCUUUCUUUCUGUGAGCAUUAAAGCCCCCUUAAAUGAGUGUUGCCUUUUCUGCGCAACCUCGAGGGCCCGUGAGCCGGGAGCAUCAUCACCCUAUUUUUCUGUAUAAUUGUUUAACAGAAAAGGGGUAGGCCCUUUCCCAUGUUGUUUCAACCAUUGGCAAGAAAGGAAGACAAUUUUGAGCUAAUAGAAGAAAUGGAUACCUCCCGGCCAUAUGACAUCUUGUCGGUGAUGCACUAUGGCCGCAACGCCUUUGCCGUAAAUGAGUCGGAGCCAACCAUGACGGCCAAACCUGCGGCCUUGAGUGGCGGGCGCGCCUCAAGCGCCGAGAAGUUUGACAUCGGCAAUCGGAUCGGGCUUUCUCAGAUGGAUGCUGAUCAGCUGGCCGACCACUACAGGUCGGAGGUGAGCACAUGCACAGCCAACAAGCUCGGAGGUUCCACUUGCACAGAAAUGGAGAAGGAUGGCAAGGCUUGGGUGGACCCACACGGUCAAGGCUGUGCUAUCUACCUGCAAAUGCAAGAGGAGGGUCAAAUCGAAAGCUGUGGGAGACCUUUUGCGUCUGGCAGAUAUUGUUGCGAGUGCGGUGGCGGGCUGCGCCUGCAAGCAUGGUCACCCUGACCUGCGGAGCGCUUUCG